AUUUAAUGCUUCAUGCAUGGCUCAUUUUUGAUUGGUUACUUUUUGAGCAUAAUGUGGCAAUUACGAAUCAAGAAAUAGCUAAUUUAAUGGCUAAUGAGGAUUUUUUUAUUACAUGUCGACAAGUGCGUUCUGUUUGGCAACCUAUAAAAGAA